AUGUCUGAGCACCAGGAUUGUAAGCGGUGCCGCUCUGAGAAAGCGGUUCUUGUGUCGAGAAAAGAGCCAUUCUGUCCAGGAUGUUUCCAGAAGUUCAUAUCGUUGAAGCAACGGAAACAGAUGAUGUCGGAACAGUACUUCCAAGACGUGUUCAAAGUCAUGUACCAAGAUAAAGUGAAAACGGCUGAGAUUGCGGAAAAAAUGAAUGCGGAGUCCAGAAUAUUGGUACCACUGUCGUUUGGGUCUAGUUCACUGGUGAUGCUCGAUGUUUUGAACGACACGCUAAAAGAACAACUAGAGGUGCACCGUGGCAAAACGGGAUUUCACGUAGACAUUUUAAUUUGUUUCCUGGGCAGUGAGGACCUGCAAAAUCACAAAGAUAGACUACAAACUCUCAUGAACACCAGGCUGCUGGAAACCAGAAAUUGCUACAAAACUCAUUUCGUCGAUUUGGAGUCGUUUUUUAGCUCUUCCAAGCGUAUGAGGGUGCGUCUUGAGGACUCUAGCUACAUCGUAAGAAAGGUAGACGGUGCGUCAGAUGCUACAACGGAGCCCACGGUCAAAGAACUUCUGAGCACAUGUGUCAACCGCUCAGCACGCGAAGACUUGUUGAACGUCAUGAAAACGGCCACGAUCAAGCUUUUCGCCGCACAACAUGCCUACAAGGCCAUUCUAUGGGGCCAUUCUAUGACGCGGUUGGCCGAUGAGAUUAUGGCCCUCGUUGUUAAGGGAAGAGCCGCUCAAAUUGCCAACACUUUGGAUAAUUCGAGCUUUGACUCAGAAUUUGAUGGAUCUUUCAAAAAUCUGCAUCCCAUGCGGGACAUUCUACUAUCGGAGAUCGACGCUUACUGCCACAUAUCAGACCUUGCUUCUUUAACCUAUAACUACGCUCCUCAGCGCACACUACUGAUCGAAGAGGUUCCGGACGCGGAAAACUCGGGAUCGAAACUGGCUAGGAACAUGACAAUAAACGAGCUAGCACGUCAGUACUUCGAUAAUAUAGAGGGCAACUAUGCCAAUGUCAUAUCCACGGUUGUAAGAACCGGUGCCAAGCUCGACAGUCCGCUGGAUGCCCUGCCGAAAAUGAGUAGAUGUGGAGUGUGUAACGCCAGGCUGUUUAAAGAUGGCUCCAAAUGGCUGCGGAACAUCACUGUCACAAGCAGUCACCAUGUUGAAUCUGAAGAAGACCGAGAACUAUACUCUGCUUGGGCCGAUUCCGAGCAUGGAAAGUCCAGAGGGGAGUAUAUCAAGUUGAACACAGAGUUCAAGGAACAAGGUGAGGUACUUCCAACGUGUUACGGUUGCCUACUGGUUCUUGGAGAGGUAAGGCACAAGAUUAUGUGUUGGCCCGAUAAUCAGUCACGUAUCCUUCAAGAUACGAUGGAGGCAUAUGUAAUCGGUGACGACGAUGAGUCAAAUUAA